UGCCAGUAAGUGCCGCUAACAGUGCCGCCUAUCAGUGCCAUAUAUGAGUACUGCCUUUCAGUGCCCAUCAGUGAUGCCUGUCAAUGCCCAUCAGUGCCACCUACCAGUGCCUCCUCAUCAGUGCCCAUCAGAGCCACCUAUCAGUGUCCAUCAGUGCAGCCUAUCAGUGCCCAUCACUGCAGCCUCAUUAGCGCACAUCACAGUGCCGCCAGUCAGUGCCCAGCAGUGCCGCCAGUCAGUGCCGACUAUCACUGCCGACUAUCCAUCAUCAGUGCCACCUAUCAGUGCUGCCUAUCAGUGCCACCUCAUUAGUACUGCCUAUCAGUGCCCAUCAGUGCUGCCUAUCAGUGCAGCCUCAUCAGCGCACAUCAGU